CAAGGAGCAUGUUGAGGGGCUGCGCUGCUCGUCUGCGCCUGCGCGCCCUCGGGCCCGGUCCGGCGGGCCCCGGGACCGUGUGGAGGUCGUUUUCUUCUGAAAAAGACAUUCAUAAGGACUAUGCUGUCCCCAACCCCACCUGGAGUGAGGACUUAAGACUCCUGUAUGAGCAGUUCAUGAAGAAGUGUGAAGACGGCUCCUGGGAGCGGUUGCCUUCUUAUAGGCAACACCCGGCUGGAGGAUGUUCAGACUUCCAAGCCCGUCAUCUUGACCCCAGCGCUACGAAAGAACUAAAGUCCCGGGCCCGGCUCUUCACCCGAAGCUUUGAGGAUGGCCUGGGCUUCGAGUACGUGAUGUUCUGUAACGAUGCUGAGAAAAGGGUGGUGUGCAUUCUUCAAGGAGGUCCCCACCUGCAAGGAAUGCCUGGACUCUUCCAUGGAGGCGCCAUAUUAACGAUCAUUGACGCAACUGCUGGUAUGUGCGCAAAGAGAAUCGGAAAAGUUGUCCUGACUGCCAACCUCAACGUUAAUUUUAAAAGACCUAUCCCCCUUUGUUCAGUCGUUGUGCUAAAUGCCCAGUUGGAAAAAGCUGAAGGAAGGAAGUUUUUUGUCAGCUGCACUGUCCACAGUGGAGACGGGAGGACCUUACACACGGAGGCCACAAGCUUAUUUAUAAAGCCAGUUCAUAAUGAACAUAAAACAGCUUCUGGUGACUUCCACAACACUCUGUAAGAGGCUCUUCCUCACCCAGAAGUAGCACUGUCUCUGCCUGCCUCGCUCACCGUCCCCGAGACCCCACGACAAGCCUGCCUGACUGAUUCUUCAGGACAGCCUUGGAAAUACUCCUGAGGCUCACUGUCCACCCUCUCAACUUUCUAACAAGGAACAACACUCCCUACAAGAGUAUCAGCAAUCCUGGGAUGUAUCUGAAUAAACAGACCUGUCUCUGGCCACAGUAGGAGACAGCUUGUUCCUGUGGGAAUGGAUGUCUCAGAACCUCUGGGGUUCUAGGAGUUAAACCACUGUGCCAUUUUUAACUCACACUGUGCUAUUUCCUGGACUUUAUCAGCAAUGUAGUCUGUCAUCGCUAGAAGGAGAUGUGGCAGUCAGGUUCGCAUUGCGGACAGAAAUCACCAGACCAAGAGCAGCUUUUGGAGGAAAAAAACGGGUUUAUUUUGGUUUACAGACUCAAGGAGAUGCUCCAUGGUGGCAGGGGAAAAUGAC